AUGGCAUCAACUACUGGAUUUCCCACGCAUCAGCACCACCUCCUCCGCUUCUUUCUGAUUCUUUUCCUCCUCCUCCUCCUCGGAAUCCGAACUCGAACUCGAACGGCGACCGCGGCCCAGACCGUCACCGAAAUAACACGCGGCACGACGCUGACGCCUGCCGGCCCGCUCUCCUACGUGGCGUCCCCCUCCGGCGACUUCGGCUUCGGCUUCCACCCUCUGCCGAAUGACUCCGACGCCUCCGGCUUCCUCCUCGCCGUCUGGUUCGCCGGCACCGAUCCCAAGACCGUCGUCUGGUCUGCCAACGGCGACAGUCCUGUCGGACCUGCUGCCCGGCUCGUGUUAACAGUCGACGGCCAAUUCGCUCUAACCAACGGAGCUAUGGGGCGGCCGGUGUGGCAGCCAGCUGGCGUGGCCGUGUCGUCCGCGUCGCUCCUCGACACCGGCAAUCUCGUCGUCUUCGCCGCGGAUUCGGCCGUGCUGUGGCAGAGCUUCGCGUUCCCUACGGACACCAUGGUUCCGGCGCAGGUGCUGAACCAAAGCACGUUCCUUCAGUCUCGGCUCACCGACUCCGACUACUCCAAGGGCCGGUUCCAGCUCCUCAACCGCGAGGACGGCGACCUCGUGUUCUUGGCCGUCAAUGCCGCCACCGGGUACGAGUACCACGUGUAUGAACACACCGCCACCGCGGGCAAUGACACCCAACUCGUCUUCGACCCCGCCGGAUUGCUCUACUUCGACGUCAAGAACGGGUCGACGAUAUCCUUCCCCCCGCAAGUCGAGCUCCCCACCGAUGAUUUUUACCAGCGGAUGACGCUCGACUCCGACGGCGCCCUCCGCCAGUAUGUCUACCCGAAGCCUGACGCGAGCAGCUCGAGCUGGCCUAGCCGAUGGACGGCGGUGCAGAGCAUCCCUCCCGACAUAUGCAAGGCUGUCACGCCGACGGGGAGCGGCGUCUGCGGGUUCAACAGCUUCUGCGUGAUCGACGCGAGCCUGCGGCCCGUCUGCAAGUGCCCGCCGCAGUACUCGUUUGUGGACCCGAAGAACCAGUACUCGGGCUGCACUCCCGACUUCCCCGCGCAGAGCUGCGGGAGGGACGAGUCUGCGCUGUUCGAUCUCGCCGAGCUGAUCACGAGCGACUUCCCCUACGGGGACUACGAGCUCUACAGUCCGACCGAUGACGACCGGUGCAAGGAGUAUUGCUUGCGCGACUGCUUCUGCUACGUGGCCAUCUUCCGAGACGGGAGCUGCUGGAAGAAGAAGAUGCCCGUGUCCAACGGUCGGGAAGGAACCGACGUCGGAGGGAAGACCCUGAUCAAAGUGCCGAAAGAUAACUCCGCCCGCCGACGCUCGAAUCAGAACCGUACGAAAGUGAUCGAAGAGAGGAGGGACCGAAGAACGGCCGUGCUAGUCGGAUCCUUGAUCCUCGGUGUCUCGGCGCUCCUCAAUACAGUGCUUGUCGCCGGCAUCGCGGUCGCGCUGUGCCACUUCUGCUGCAGACGGAAGCAGAAGCUCGCGCCCGACCCGGCUUUGUCGGGGCUACAUCUCAGAGCUUUCUCUUACAGAGAGCUCGAAGAAGCCACGGAUAACUUUCGCGAACAAUUGGGCAGCGGAUCCUUCGGUGCGGUCUACAAGGGGGUGCUGGCAUUAGAGUCCGAGACGCGCGUGGCGGUGAAGAUGCUGCACGAGCGGCUCCGCGAACCGGAGAAAGAGUUCACGAAUGAGGUCACGUCGAUCGGCCGAACUUACCAUAAAAAUUUGGUCGGAUUAUUCGGAUUCUGCAACGAGGGGACGCAUCGGCUACUGGUCUACGAGUACAUGAGCAACGGACCGUUGACGGACUAUUUGUUCAGGACGGAGAGACCCAGUUGGUCGCGGCGAGUGCAAAUUGCGUUAGGCGUUGCGAAAGGCCUCCUAUACUUGCACGAGGAAUGCGAAGCGCAGAUAAUCCACUGCGACAUAAAGCCUCAGAACAUUCUGCUGGACGAUAGUCUCACCGCGAGGAUUUCGGACUUUGGCCUCGCGAAGCUUCUGAUGGACGGUCAAACUCGAACAGACACCGGCAUCAGGGGGACCAGAGGGUACGUCGCGCCGGAGUGGUUCAGAAACAGGGUGGUCACGGCGAAGGUGGACGUGUACAGCUUCGGAGUCGUGUUGCUGGAGAUCAUUUGCUGCAGAAGAAACAUCGAACUAGAGAGGGACGAGGACGAGGCGGUGCUCGCGUACUGGGCUUACGACUGCUUUGCGGAGGACAUGUUGAGCCUGCUAGUAGAAAACGACGGCGAGGCUACGGCGGACAUGAGCAGAGCGGAAAGGUUCGCGACGGUGGCCAUUUGGUGGAUCCAAGAAGAUCCGUCGCUAAGGCCCUCGAUGCGAGAAGUCGUGCAGAUGCUAGAAGGAGCUGUCGAAGUACCUACGCCUCCCGAUCCUUCGCCGUCGCAAUCUGCGAUUACAAUGUAG